UCACCCAAAGGCCAAAUGCCGAAAGCAAAAGGCCACUUCUUAUCAAUCUUGAUCAAAGCCACUUGCAUGAACAACAAACACAAUAUUGGAAGCAGAACCAAAAUAAAAAACACCACCCAAGUCAUAUCAAGCCAUUGCAAGACCCUAAACCACCUCCACCAACUCCACGCCCACUGCCUAGUCUCUGGCCGAAACGACGACGUCUUCCUCAACGCCUUCCUCCACACUCUCAUAUCCCUUCUUAUUUCGUCGCUCAAUCUCGACCGUACACGUGGCAGGUCAAUUCGGUCGUUGACCUACGCGGUUUCUCUUUUCAACCUCGUCAGGAACCCAACUACUUUCACUUUCAACAACGUUAUAAGAGCCCACACUAUCCUCUCUCUCCCCUCUCCCUCCUCUCUCUCUCCUCUCGUCUUCUUUGCGCGCAUGCGGCGCCUCGCCCUGCCUCCCGACUCCCACACCUUCCCCUUCGCCCUCGCCGCCUGCGCUAAACUGGACCCCACAUUUUCCCUUCCCUUUUCACAAGCUCUUCACUCCCAAGCUCUCAAAACUGGCUUCAGCGACGAUUCUUUCGUUCUUAAUUCUCUCAUUCGCGUCUAUGCUCUUUCUGGGUGCAGCCCUUCUGCCCUUCGAGUUUUUGAUCAGGGUCGUCCUCACAGGGACGUCGUCUCCUACAAUAUUCUGAUUGACCAUCAUGUGAAAUCCGGCGACAUUACGAGUGCCCGUCAACUGUUCGACGAAAUGCUUGAGAGAGAUUCGGUUUCUUGGGGAACAAUCAUAGCCGGUUAUUCGCAGAGUAAAAACUGCGACGAGGCGAUUUCGCUCUUUCACGAGAUGGUGAAGCUAGGUUUUAUUCCUGAUAGUGUCGCUUUGGUCGCCGCUCUCUCUGCAUGCGCUAAGCUCGGGGACUUAGACCGGGGUAGAGACGUCCACGAGUACAUAAAAAGAAACGGCAUUCGUCUAAAUCCCUUCUUGACGACCGGGUUGGUGGACUUCUACGCAAAAUGCGGGUGCAUUGACAUAGCUAAAGAAAUAUUCGACACGAGAGCAUCGUCGGAGAAGAGUUUGUGCGCAUGGAAUGCCAUGAUUGUCGGGUUUGCCAUGCACGGUCUUGGCGAGUUAUCGCUCUCCUACUUUCGGAGAAUGACAAAGGAAGGAAUCAAGCCAGAUGGGGUCACCUUUCUAGGGGUGCUGGUGGGGUGCAGCCAUUCAGGGCUGGUGGAACAAGCCCAGGAGCUUUUCUAUGACAUGGAACGCUGCUACAUGGUUCCAAAAGAGCUCAAACACUAUGGAUGCAUGGCCGAUUUGCUCGGUCGAGCUGGUCGGAUACAUGAAGCGAUGGACAUGAUAAGGGCAAUGCCGAUGUGGGGUGACGUGUACGUGUGGGGCGGGCUGCUCGCAGGCUGCAGGCUGCAUGCGGGGAACGUGGAGGUUGCGGAGGAAGCCGCAGGGCGUGUGAUGGAGUUGAGGCCUGAGGAUGGCGGGGUUUACUCGAUCAUGGCGGGUGUUUAUGCGAGUGCAGAGCAGUGGGACGAUGUGGUGAGGAUCAGGAGAUGGAAGGAUUCAAAGAGGGCGGUUAAGAGAAAUGCUGGUUGUAGUUUGAUUCGGUUGGGGGGCGUCUCGCAUGAGUUUGUUGCUGGGGAUGAUUUGCAUCCCCAAAGUCACGAGAUAUAUUCGCUCUUGAAUGGAAUAGAAAAACAUCAACUUGAAGCAUUCUAAUUAAAAAGUAGAGUUGAAAUUUUUCACACACGUACAUAUAUUAUAUACAUAAAUGUGAUUUGCCGUUCAAAAUAACAUGUUAUU